UGUUAGACUCUUGGAGAGGUGCUCUGGAAGAGAUGACUGCAAGCAUGAUGAUGCUCAGGCUGUGUGGACUCCUUCUUAUAUGCUCCACUGUAAUAGAUGCUAAAUUAGACAUCAUCAGUAGUGACCAAGAUGUGCGGGUGGGAAGCGACACUCUGCUCUUGUGCAAAGCUGAUUCAGAGGGAGAAAUUAGUUGGUUGAAAGGUGGAGAAGACAUUGAUGAAGAUCGCUAUGUAGUCGAGAAAAUUGAUGAAACCUCGAGUAAACUGAUCUUGAAGAACUUUGAAUUAGAUGACGCUGGAAUCUAUACCUGCGUGUUUGAAAAUGACCAUGGCACAAAGAAGAUGAACUACCAGAUCUAUGUCUACCAAACACCGGACUUUGGCAACACACCGGUGUACCAUGAAUUUCUGGUGAACCAGACAGCGACCAUUCCUUGCGUGGUGUCUGGGAAGCCUGCGGUGGAUAUCCUCUGGUUUCGGAACAAUCGCAUCGUGAAUGAUGACGGACGAGGUCAUCUCAGAAUCCUGCCAGAUAAGUCUCUGCAGAUUCUGAGAAUUCAGCAGGAAGACAGUGGAACCUAUACUUGUGAAGGCAGGAUCAAGGGACGCCCCAUAAUAAGGGAGCUCCAGAUCUCUGUUGUUGUUAAUGAGCCGCCGACUGCCCUGAUUCACCAGGAAAGAAAAAGUGUUUUUGCCGGACCCAACAGCACUGUCACUGUGUCUAUAGCCUGCCUGGUCAAUGGAGUACCCCAUCCAGAUAUUUCAUGGAUACUCCCUUCCACCUCUGACCAGUCCCGUCACAAAUACAACUCUGAUAAAAGUGAGCUCACCAUCUCUGCAGUGACCAGGAGUGAUUUUGGAGAUUAUGUCUGCAUGGCUACCAAUAAGAUCGGGGAAAACACCGCCACAUUUAUUCUGGAUGUCUCAGAGCGUCCAACUGUAGUUUUGGAUCAACCCAAGCUGGUGGUUAUUCCAGGAGAAACUGGAUCUGUGAUCUGCAAUGCCACAGGACAUCCAACACCAACCAUACAGUGGGUCAGGAAAACUAACAAAGAAAAAAGGACGAAUGUGGAGGAUUCUGAGCUGAUUCUUGAAAAUGUAAUGCCCUCUGAUGGCGGCUUGUACUCCUGCAUAGCCAGCAAUACGGCAGGAACAACCACUGAGGACUUCCAGCUGAUAACCUGGCCUGGGACACCCGCUAAAUUCAGUGUGGCUCCGGGGCCCUCAUCUUCUGUCCUCAUCCAGAGUGCCUCAGUGCAAGAUGGAGGGUCCUCUAUUACCCAGUACAUCCUUCAGUGGAAGAAACCGUCUGAAGACACCUGGAGUCAAAGCAUUGUCAAGCCCACAAAUCCCCUGGUGAUCACGGGCCUUGAGCCGUACACAGAGUACUUCAUUCGUUUUGCAGCCAAAAAUUCUAAUUUCCAGGGGAACUUCUCCACAGAACACAAGAUCUUCACACAGUCCCAACCAACGGCGCCAAGGUUGACCCUUGUGGAAUUCCCCAAGGAAGAUGUAAUCUUGAAGAAUUACAGUUCCCAACUCUCACUGAAAAAGACCUAUCCGUAA